GCGCUGCAUGAUCUCGCGAGAAAAGCCGUGAACAUAGCAACAAGACAACCAAAAUAAAUUGUGGACAACAUUUCGGAGUGAACGAUGGCGGCGUCGCUGCUACGCCGGGAUAAGAAGACUACAGCCGCUCACUUAAAGGCAGACCUCAAUCGGACUGACAACAGCUCCGGGGUCCGGCAACUUCAGGAACUGCUGGAUAAUGUUCUCAAUCCGGAGAAACCGGCGGCGGACACCGAGGCCCUGGACUGGUGUAAAUAUCUGCUGGCAGGAGGGGACGGUUUCGAGGAGUUCUGUAAAACCGUACGCUCCUACGAUAACGCUACGCUGUGCGGCUUGGUCUGGACUGCUAAUUUUGUAGCAUAUCGCUGUCGGACCUGUGGCAUUUCGCCCUGCAUGUCACUCUGCGCUGAGUGCUUUAACAACGGCGAUCACACGGGCCAUGAUUUUAACAUGUUUAGGAGUCAGGCUGGCGGGGCCUGCGACUGUGGAGACGGUAAUGUCAUGCGAGAAAGUGGGUUUUGCAGAAGGCAUCGGUUAAGAACCGGAGAGAAUGUUCCAUCAGUCCCUAGAGAUUUGCUGCUCAUGUCUGAGAUGGUUCUUCCUCGUUUUAUCAUCAGCAUAAUACAGUACCUGAGGGAUGGCUACAUAGAGUCAGAAUCAGCCACAGACAGAGAUCUGCAGAAGGUUCUACAGCAGCUGGAGCCUCAGAUCUCUUUCUUAGAAGACCUCACUAAAAUGGGCGGAGCCAUGCGCACAGUCCUCACGAAAAUCUUAACCAAUCAGCAGACUUUUAAAGAACUGAGCAUGGGCCAAGAGGAGAAUGUGUAUGCAAAGAGAAACUAUGAGAAGUACCUGUCAGCACUUAAGAAUUCUGGUCUGGUGUCUGUGGAGGAUAAGGGCUUGAGUGGGGCUGGGGCUGGGGCAGGGGCGGCAGAUCCUUCAGCUGGGGCUGGAACUGGAGCACUUGGCUUACUGGGUGCCACGGCAGCAGUCAGCCCAAAUGAGGAAAAUAAAGAGGAGGAUCAGGAUGGAGGACAGAGUGUAGGUCAGAGAAAAAGAGUAAAGCUGAGUAGCAGUACCAAAGAUCCAUCAAUAAUGGACAUUCUAAAACAUAAAUGUUUUUUAGAGGAGUUAUUGUUUUGGACUAUUAAAUAUGAGUUUCCACAGAAGAUGGUUACUUUUUUACUCAACAUGUUGCCAGAUCAAGACUAUAAGAUCACUUUCACUAAAACGUUUGUCCAGCAUUAUGCCUUUAUCAUGAAGACUCUGAUGAAGAGCCAUGAAUCAGACACGAUGUCCAACCGAAUAGUUCAUAUCAGCGUGCAGCUAUUCAGUAAUGAAGAGUUAGCACGUCACGUCACUGAGGAGUGCCAGCUGCUGGACAUCAUGGUCACUGUACUGCUCUACAUGAUGGAGAGCUGCCUUAUCAAGAGUGAGCUGCAAGAUGAAGAGAACAAUCGUCACGUGGUGGUGAACUGUGGCGAAGCCUUGUUGAAGAACAACACCUACUGGCCUUUAGUUAGCGACUUUAUUAAUAUACUCUCUCACCAAAGUGUAGCCAAGCAUUUUCUGGAGGAUCACUCCCUGCUCAUGCUCUGGAUGAGCUUUGUCUCCUUUUUUCAAGGAAUGAAUCUUAACAAGAGGGAGCUGAACGAGCAUGUGGAGUUUGAAUCACAGACAUACUAUGCAGCUUUCGCUGCUGAACUCGAGGCUUGUGCUCAGCCCAUGUGGGGACUGCUCACACACUGCAAAGUCAAAGAAACGCAGGAGUACACCAAAACAGUGGCACGCUACUGUCUGGAAACCUUACAGAUAUGGUUUGAUGCAAUUGGCUUUGUUGAUGAGCCUGCUCCCAAUCAGAUAACGUUUCAUUUGCCAUUACACCGCUAUUAUGCCAUGUUCCUUAGCAAGGGGGUGAAAUGUCAGGGGCUGGAUUUGGACAGUCUCCUCCCUGAUCAGGAAAUGCUGAUGAAGAUUAUGGUGCAUCCUCUACAGAUACAGGCAUGUCUGUCUGAGAUUCACAGCAACAUGUGGGUGAGGAAUGGAUUACAGAUUAAAGGGCAGGCUAUGACAUAUGUCCAGUCUCACUUCUGCAACUCUAUGAUCGACCCAGACAUCUUCCUGCUACAGGUGUGUGCAUCACGACUAGAUCCAGACUACUUUAUUUCUUCAGUGUUUGAGAGGUUUAAAGUAGUGGACUUGCUGACCAUGGCAUCACAACACCAGAAUGCAGUGCUGGAUGCAGAGCAGGAAAGACCCAUGUUAGAGGGGGCACUCACUUUCCUCGUCAUAUUGUGCAGCCUCCGCAUACACCUAGGCAUGACUGAUGACGAGAUACUGAGGGCAGAAAUGGUGUCACAGUUGUGUAUGAAUGACCGCACACACAGCUCUCUUCUUGACCUUAUCCCAGAGAACCCUAAUCCUAAGAGUGGGAUAGUGCCUGGAAGUUGUAGCUUUGAGGAGAUGCUGUCUGCUGUUGCUGAUUUUAAAGCUCCAGUGUCUGAGCCUGGUGGCUCCAUGCAGCAGGGCAUGUACACGCCUAAAGCGGAGGUCUGGGAGAAAGAGUUUGACCCCAUCAUGGUGAUCCUGCGCACAGUUUACCGGCGAGAUGUCCAGUCAGCGAUGGACAGAUACUCAGCUUUUUUGAAGCAGUCGGGUAUUCACACUGGUAACCCAUGGCCUCCGUAUAAGGAAAGGACGCCCCUGCACCCAUGCUAUAGAGGACUAGUGCGUCUGCUUCACUGCAAAACUCUGCAUAUCGUCAUCUUUACCCUGUUGUACAAGAUCUGGAUGGACCAUCAGAACAUGUCGGAGCAUGUGCUGUGUAUGGUGCUGUAUUUGGUUGAGCUGGGAUUGGAUAACCAUGCACAAGAGGAUAAAGAGGAUGAAGAACCGUGUAUUGAGGAGCACUGCCAUGACAGCUGGUUCCCUGGCACCAGCCUGCUCUCCAAUCUGCACCAUGUCAUUAACUUUGUACGGGUGCGAGUUCCUGAGACGGCCCCGGAGGUGGAGAGAAAAAGGGAACGGGAGAGAGAGAGGGAAAGGCAGCGAGAGACGCCUCCCAGCACCAGCACUGAUUCAUCAACCUUUGGACAGAACUUGCGUGAGGCUCAGUUGUUCAGUCUGGUGGCAGAGCGCAGGAGGAAGUUCCAGGAGAUAAUAAACCGCAAUAACCACGAAGCGAACCAGGCUGUGCGGCCAAAGUCGUCUUCACGCUGGCUUCCCCCAGGCUCUCCUCCACAGAUGGUUACUGAGAUCCUAGAGAUACGUGAGAGCAUGCUGUCCCUGCUGGUUAAACUGCACCAGAAACUGUCAGCCAAGCAGAACUCACUGACUCCGAGCUGGCUGGAGGAGGCUGAGCCAGCACACCAUACACAUGGAGAUGGCAUCACUGCCAUCGAGAGGAUCCUGGCCAAAGCAGCAUCACGCAGCAGACAUAGCAAGAGAUGCCUGCAAGAGAUUUGUGGCAAAGUGUGUCCACCUGUGCCUCCUAAAAAGAACAGUCCAGGAGACAAGAAGUGCAUGGAUAAAGAGGAGAGGCGGCAGCGGGCCAGGGAGAGACAGCAGAAGCUACUGGCUGAAUUUGCCUCCAGGCAGAAAAGCUUCAUGGAGACAGCCAUGGAUGUUGAAUGUCCUGAAGUGGAGGCAGCUAUGGAUGUGAGCUCAGCCGAGCCUCUUGACUCCGAGGUUCUCUAUGACUGUGUAAUAUGCGGCCAGAGCGGCCCCUCGACUGAUGACAGACCCACGGGACUGGUGGUGCUACUACAGGCAUCCUCAGUAUUAGGGCACCGUUGCUGUAGCGAUCAGGCAAAGCGGCUCCCUACAAGUGAUGACGAGAGGAUCUUCCCUGAGGACACGUGUGGGGCGGUUAGCGAUGUUAGACUGGCACUCAUGCAGCGUUACUUUAAAGAGAGUUCCUGUCUGCAGUCUGUGUCCAUUGGCUGGGAUGGUGGUGUGUAUGUACAAACUUGUGGGCACACACUGCAUAUAGACUGUCACAAGUCCUACAUGGAGUCUCUACGGAAUGACCAGGUAUUGCAGGGUUUCUCGGUGGAUAAAGGCGAGUUCACGUGCCCACUGUGUCGCCAGUUUGCUAACAGUGUCCUGCCCUGCAAGCCGGGGCGUGGUACAGAGGCGGGCGCCUGGCAUACACCCAGCAACAAGAACUUGGCAACACUAGUGAAAGAGGUGGAGGAGCUGCAGGAACAGUUGACCAUCUUUCCCGUAAGCACCAGUACGGAGUCUAACCUGACUAAAGAGAUGGAGUCUGUGAUUAAAGACAUAAAGAACGCCACGCAGAAGAAGUACAUGGACUACGGCAAGAACCCUGGCUCACCUGAUAAUGACUUCCUCUUCAUGUACUCAGUGGCCAGGACAAAUCUGGAGUUGGAGGUGGUUCAUCGUGGUGGGAACUUGUGCAGUGGGGGAGCAAGUGCUGCAGCAAAACGCUCCUGUCUCAAUCAGUUGUUCCAUGUAUUAGCCAUGCACAUGCGUCUGUACAGCAUCGAUUCUGCUUAUAAUCCCUGGACUCGACUCACUCAGAUCACCCAGCACAGAGAGCCAGAAGAUGAGGAUGACGGCCAUCCCGAGGUUCCAAUGCUGUUCAGAGAUGUUCCCUCCCUGCUCAUUAUUUUUGUGCUCACUAUGCCUCAGCCACUGCGCAAAGAACACUUCACAACAGUUGUGAAGGUGCUAUACACACUGCUGUAUACUCAGGCCCUGGCUGCUCUGUCCAUUAAACUCAGCCCCGAGGAGAGACUGGCCUGGUGCAACAGUGGGGCAGCCAAGAAGAACUUGCCAAAUGCAGGGAAAUCAUGGGACGCGCUCCUGAGUCAUGUGAUCACUGAGCUCACCAGUGCCAAGGGAAUCUAUGACAACAAUCCUGAUGAGACCAUGUUGAGUUCGACUGUAUGGUCUCCUCAAUCCAUAGAGUUUACAUUGCAGCAAUUCUGUUUGCCCUUCAUGCGUCUGUCCUGUCUUCUUCAACAUCACCUCUACGGGGACAAUCUACCCGGAUGCCUGCUAGAAGAGGAGUUCUCAUUGCUGGCAGGCGGUUUGGGUUUGCUGUCUGCGCCGUUUCAGCCCAGCACCUCCCUGAACGGUGCAGGUUGCCUGGAAUGGAACGUCAACGCGUUUGAGCUCAUCUCUCAGUGGAGCUUUGAGCUCAUCAGCCUGGUAGACACACCCUCACAACAGGCUAUGUCUCUGUUGGAUCAGAACCCUCACUGGUCUGGUCCUCGUCUGCUGCAGCUUCCCGAAAACUACAACACUAUCUUCCAGUAUUAUCACAGGAAGGCCUGCACUGUGUGCAAUAAGACACCCAAGGACCCAGCUCUGUGCCUCGUGUGUGGUGCAUUCGUCUGUCUCAAAGGCCUGUGCUGCAAACAGCAAGGUGUCUGCGAGUGUGUGCUGCACUCUCAGCACUGUGGAGCUGCAACGGGAAUCUUCCUCCUAAUAAAUGCCUCUGUGAUCAUCAUCAUCCGUGGUCAUCGUUUCUGUCUGUGGGGUUCUGUAUAUCUGGACGCUCACGGAGAGGAGGACAGAGACCUACGUCGUGGCAAGCCUCUGUUCCUGUGUGAGGAGAGGUACCGUGUGCUGGAGCAGCAGUGGGUGUCGCACACCUUCGACCACAUUAACAAGCGCUGGGGUCCCCACUACAACGGACUUUAACACGCCAACCCCAAACCCAGAGGAGCCAGAUCACAGUGGGCAUCAGUGCCAGCCUCUCCCUCUCCUUUUGAUAUAUGCUAUCAUAUGUAAUAUAAAAACUAUGCUGUGAGUGAAUUGCUGCUACAGCCUUGGUUAUGUGAAGUUUAGUGUACAAUCAUGCCUAACGACUAACAGCGCGUGUGUUUUUUUUUUUGUUUUGUUUUUUUUUAAUGAUUUUUGGUGCAUUUGAAAGGGGAAGAGAUUUUAAUCUUUGUUUUGGGGACUGGCUCACAGUGAAAGCACAAUUUGGCCCACUCCUGAGUGCAUUUAUUUGAGUGCUGUUUGGUUACACCUUCUCAGCUACUGUUUUAGUGCAUUGGAGAGUAAAACUCCACAGAUGGCUGUUGUGUCUGAAGCGGAUAGAAGAUGUUGAAAAGUCCACAGCCUACUGUAUAAGUGGAUAUCUUAGCCAUUAAGAAAACCAUCAGGCAUUUGGUUUCCCUUAACCGCUAACUAAACAGAGGUACCAAACUAGCACCAGACAUCAAGCAUCAUCGUGCAACCCCACAACAAAUGCAGUGAGCAGUCAUCAUCCUACAUGCUCAUAACUCAGGCCUUUAAAUGCUCGUAUGGGAUAAAAUUUGUUAUUGUUUAAGUGGAACUUGCUUGUUCCACAGAAAUCAUCACUGAAUGCUUGAACAAUAAUUACUUGCCCAUCGAGGCCUAGUUGCAUCCAUCCUCAGGAAUUUUCUUUUCUGUAGUUAAAGAACUUUUAAUAUUUAAAUAAAUAUUGCUAUUUGAUGUUGAUAGUUAAUUAUAUCAUUGUACAAAUGAUUUUAGGCUUUGGCAGAAGGCACUGAGGUGAUGGCUAACAGCUAGCAUUCUGCAGUUGAGGCUACAGAGGCAGGUUUGCAGCAAUCUUGCCAAUCACUCAGCUUUCCUCCGCUAACUGGUUAACUCGCAGUACUACUUGCUGUAAGCUGGAGUAAACAUUCGGUAUUGGCAGUCAUGAUGUUUCACAGAGGCAUCCGAAAUUGCUAAAUCCAUCCCAAAUGGUCUAGAUUGAUAAAUUUAUUGCUAAACCCCUUUUUGAACAACAUUAUGGUCUAGAAAUGUCCAGCGUCCACGGUGCAUUCACAGUUUGUAUUUAGAAGGUGCUUAGAAAAUGCACUUCAUAUGAUCCUCUGUGAGUGAGGAAUUAUUUUUACAUCAUCAUCCGCAACAAAUGUAAAUGUACUAGCAUUAAGCGAUCCCCUGAAGAGAAAAUAAACAGUCGUUUUCAUCUAUGCCAUAGUCCACUGUUUUCCUGGUCCAUUUCGAGCUAAAAACAACAUCCAAGGGUCCGAUUUAAGAGCACUUGUGGUUUCAUAAUACUCCUAAUGAAAUGCCAUUUUUAACAAGUUUAAAAAGCACAUUUAUUUCAGAUUGAAAACAAGACAAAAAAAUUGGAUUUGUUUAAAAAAAAAAAAAAAGUUAUAUUCCUUCACAUGAUAGAGGAUUCUUUUCCAGUUACUGGGAUUAAAAUAUCAGGCCUCACAAAGUCAUAGACAAGGAUUUCAAAAUAUAGAUUUUUUCUUCUUCUUCUUCUUCUUCUUCUUUUUAUUUAUUUAUUUUUUUUGGAUAGGUAUUCUACUUUUAUAUUAACGUCCCCUUCAUAUGUUCUUGUUUAAUACAUAUGAGAAAUUAUUUCAUAAUAUUUAUUAUAAGAUGUUUUUGUAUGGGAUAUGUGAAAGAGGUUUAUGAGUGACAAUAAGAAGAGUGUUAGUUUCUUUACAUUGUUUGGGGGGGGGGGAUGUUCUGUUGGUGUGCAUUUCUCACUCCUGUCAGCUUUCUCUCAGAAACUGAAAUGGUCACAAGUGAGUGAUUUGUCACACAAGAUUCAGAAUACGAUCUGUUCCAGGCUUUGAAAUAGGAUUGGGGAUUUCACUGCUGUGUAUAUUUUUAUUUUUUUUCCCCCCUUCAAACCCCAAGUCCCCUUUCUAAGUCUGUUAUAUUAAGAAGGAGCCACCAUUGAACACCAAACAGCAUGUUUUGGUUUUCUUCUUCACCACCUUAUUAGGUAUUGAUUCUCAAUGCUGCACUUACAAAAUGCUGGAGGAAAAUGCCAGGCACUUCAAUUCUUAGUUCCUGUCCUUCUCUUUGUCUUGAGAAUCUUGCAUGCUGCUGUUUUUCUUCUCUUUUUCAUUUUGUCUUUUCUUCCUCAGCCCAAAUAUUGUAUAAUUGGACAGAGUUUUUUUUUUUUCUUUUCUUUUUUGCAAAGAGUAAUGGGUAUAUAUUGGAAUGGAAAGCUGCGAUGUUGUUCUGUGUGUGGUGUGUGUGGUGUGAGGUGAGUGACUGAGGCAGAAAUACAGUACAUUACUGUAGGUGCUGAUUCCAACUUUCAGAUUGCAAAUCAGAAAGGGUGGCAGACAUUUAAUGCAAAAUGUAACAUAUGUGAAUAAAAUAUAACAAUACUCUGA